UGUUAUGUUUUGAAAAGACGGAACAACUGUUUUCUGUUAAUAAAAAUUAAUAGUUGACUGAAUAUAUGCAAUGAUGUGAAUCUAGUAUCUGCUGAGCUCUACCACCAACACUACCUACCAGUGCCCCAUUGGUUCCAAUUGUUUGGGCAAACAAUCACAUCGGAUACACAUCUUAUUAUAAAAUGAGUUCAUAUUUUCAACAAAAUUUAUAUAUAUAUUAAAAGUUGAUAUUUAAUUAAAUUGUUGUCAUGGCGGGGGUCAUCAAUGGGGGAAGUAUUUUGCCAAACACUUUGGGGGAGUUUAUAGCCAACAAUUACAAUCACGUGACUGUCGUUCAGAUCGACGAAAGUGUGGUAAAGAAUGCAUUUGAAGACGACUUUGUGACUGUCCUUCAAGUGGGACAAGAAGUCGAUGCAAAUAAUUUUAUUGAAGAACUGAUUGUUAUAUAUCGCUUACCCGGAGAACGAUUGGGAAUGGCACUUAAAUUUGAAGGCGGAUUGAAUGCCAGCGAAAAAAUUAAUAAAGUUUUUAUUCAAAGUAUAAACUCCGACAGUCCGGCCUCUAAAGUAUGCGGACAACAACUAGAGUAUCUGCGAGAAGGCGAUCAAAUUAUGGAAAUUGAUGGACAGUCCACUACAGACAUGACUAGACUGGAAUGCAUUGGAUUGUUAAGGGAUGCGCCCGUCUGUAUCAAAAUACGGGUCAAAAGGCAUAAGACAUGUCAGUGCAAUCAGUCAUCGGAUAUCAUCCAAACAAAAGAAUCUGAUGUAAACUUAAACUCCACUUCCAAUUCAUCGGAUACGGCAAAUGUCAUGCAAUCAAAAGAAAAUGCAAACAAUUAUCCGAGAAAAGUGCCGCCACCCGUACCACCCCGUUUGGCCACAACUAUAUUAUCAUCAAAAAGAAAAAUCGUAACAAAAGGUUUAACACGAACUGACAGUCAAUGUGAUGCCGUAGAAAAGCCACCGCGAAAGAGGAGUUCACUUCCCCCACCGCUUCCUCCUAGACGUCCCAAAGUGCCGCCACCUAAACCACCAAAUCAUAAGACCAAUACAGAAGCCAACGCCACAAAUGAUUUAUUUAACAAAAUUACAAAAAAUGAGAUCAACAUCACUGCUAAUCAAACAAAUGCCAAUAAACUUGAAGUAAAUGAUUGCCAAAUAGUUGAAGGAGUCGUCUUUGAUACUAAUUUAGGACAUAAUUAUGAGAAACAACCAGAAAAUACUGAAGAUCUUGAAAAAAAAAAUACUAAAAAAUCAAAUGAAUCAGUUCUUCCUUCAGAAGCAGAUGUAUACUUGAAUUUAUUGACAGAUGAAGAUAAACUGUUAAUUGAAUCAGAAUCAGAUGACACCGGUUCCAGUGUUUCCACUAUAAUAGAGCGCUUCUCGAGAACAAGUACUGCAAAUUCAAGCUUUUCUGAUCACAACAAACACAAGACACCCACUAUUGAUAUCGUUGGCAGAGUUUUGAGUCCAUUUGAGAAACUCGAGAGAGAGUUGGACCACAAGGAAGCACUUCAGGCAUUUGUAAAUAACGCCGUCUCAGUCUUGAUGAACGACGAAGACUUAAGACAAAUCACUGACCAAAGUCUUUGUAAUGCAACUUAUUUUAUGAAUUAUGAAGACUCUUGUGAGAAGACAUCAAGUCUUGACUGCUAUAAUAGUAUUAAUAGCAACACUAAUUGUAAUGCAAAUGAGAUUCAGUCAAACGUUCAAAUCAUUGUUCCGCCCGAAGAGUUUGCAAAUGACCUGAAAUUGAGCCCACAAUUGAUGCCAGAAUUGGUUACACGAAGUGAAUCAGAAAAUAAUACAAAAGAUAGUGAUAUCAGCAAUAAUGAUGUCAACAGAGAUAUUGCCAUUGAGUUGCCAUCAAAUAUAGAUAUACAAGACUAUCAAAUUGAGACAAAAGAUAACAAUUUAAUUACAAAUCAUAAUAUAAGUACAACACAAAUGACACAAUCAGAUUACUUUAACUCAAAAUGA